UUAAUCGAAUACGGUUACAAAAAAGAGCUGUUUAGUAUUAACUAUUACAAUGUACUUUCGCUUCCCACCCAGCUUCGUCUCCCCCGCGGAUGAUUUUUUCUCAGAGAAUUUGUUUAGCGAAGCCCGCCUUUGCUCUUUUUAGGAUACUUUCAUUUUUGUAUGAUUUGUUGAGGUUAAAUAAGACACUCUUGAUGAUCCCAGCAAAGUAACACAGCGAGAAGGAGGAGGAAGGUGAGGCGGACAAGGAAGAAGCAAGCAGAUGCUGGAGUGGAAAGGAAAUGGCGACUGCGUUUUGAGCUGAAGCACAAGAACAAGCAGAAAAGUAGCUUUUUAAAUUGUUAGGACGGCACUUAUUGCCAACAGCAAAACACUCAUCAGGCCGAUUCACUACACUGCUAAGUCCCACAAGAUUUUGUAAAUUGGUUGAAUAGAAUGCACCUUUUUAAUUAACCUAAUUAAGAAAACAAAAUAUCAAGCGGUCGCAGCAACUGCUUUAAUUCAGUUUUUACUGAAAGAAAAAUUAGUCUUAGUGAGGCCUGCUCACAUGAUCUUCGCUGUUGAUAGCCUUGUUAAUUAUUUAAUCUCCUGGUUGUUUAGGCUCUUCUCCAGUAAGUCAUUUUUCGAUGGGCAGGCAUGUCAUACCCUUGCAGGUUGUAGCACUUGCUUUCAGGGCCCUACACUGUUAGGCUGUGCCUUAGUUGUUCUACAGGGGCUAUUGUAA